AUUUCUACUUGGAAUAUUACAAUCUGUCCGACUAGUGAUUAGAAACGACUUUAAUUGAACGAAGCCAACAGUCAUCGUGCUUAGUAAUAGUUUUUAGCAGCUAGGAUGAGGCUGGUUUCGGUGAUUGUUGUUCUGGUUAGUGCCCUUUACGUAGCGACUGCUCAGGAUGAUGGCAAGUAUAGACCACCCAGCACAACGACCACCGUGCGCCCAUCCACCACUCGGUACAGACCGUACCGACCGUACGAUCCUUUUAACCAGUAUCGCUACACGAACGAAGGUCGCUAUCAAGGUCGUUACGUGGGUGGAAAUGAUGGGCGGUACUACGGUGGAAACAGUGGCCGAUACGUUCCUAGCAAUGAUGGAAGAUAUGUACACAGGGAUGGCAAAUAUCAACACGUCGGGGAUGGAGAUCGAGGCAAAUACAAACACGUGGAAGGUCCAGCGGGAUCUAAUGUCAGCAAGCAGGGACCAUCAGGCGGUGGAUCUGGAGCAAGCGGUUCCAGCACCGAAGCUGUUGCAAGUCCACCAACCACCUCUGCUCCACAACCGAUUUACGUUCCAACCACCGCGUUACCAGUUUUAGCCAAGAAGGUACAACUCAAUGUGGCUCCCCGUUUGGCUGAUAAUGAUGGUUGGAAAAUCAUUCGAUUGGAGAAUCAGGUGCGCCAAGAUGGCUAUAACUACGUGUUCGAAACGCAGAACGGAAUCAACGCUGAGGAAUCUGGUAAAAUAGAAAGCGAUGGUAAAGGUUCGGAGGGUCUCCGAUCGCAAGGUUUCUACCAGUACGUGGGUGAUGAUGGUCAGGUCUAUCGUGUGGAUUACGUUGCUGACACGAAUGGUUUUGUGCCGCAAGGGGACCACAUUCCGAAGGUGCCACCGGCGAUCGAGAAACUCUUGAGUUAUCUGGCUAGCCAACCGAAAUAGACAAUUCGUCGUUUAAGAAAGUAAUAUAAGUGCUGUUGUAUUUUUCUACCUUUCAAAUUGUGUGAAUAUAACAGUUGUUAACAACGCGCA